GUAGAGGAGGAAGUCGAUGGGACUGACGCAGCUGGGGGAAUUUUGCCUUGAUGGCACUUUCCUGUCCAUGACUCCGCCCCUGCCAGAGGGGCUCGGCUCCGGGAUUCAAGAUGGAGUCGCUGAGUAGAGCUGGGCAGGAGAUGAGCCUGGCGGCCCUGAAGCAACAUGAUCCCUACAUCACCAGCAUCGCAGACCUCACGGGCCAGGUCGCUCUGUACACUUUCUGCCCCAAGGCCAACCAGUGGGAGAAGACUGAUAUAGAAGGGACCUUAUUUGUAUAUCGAAGGUCAGCUUCACCUUACCAUGGUUUUACCAUUGUAAAUCGUCUGAAUAUGCACAAUCUAGUUGAACCAGUGAAUAAAGAUUUGGAAUUUCAGCUCCAUGAACCAUUUCUUCUGUAUAGAAAUGCAAGCUUGUCAAUAUACAGUAUCUGGUUUUAUGACAAGAAUGACUGUCACCGGAUAGCGAAACUCAUGGCUGAUGUGGUGGAAGAGGAGACACGAAGAUCCCAGCAAGCUCGGGAUAAACAGAGCCCCAGCCAGGCCAAUGGCUGCAGUGAGCACAGGCCCAUCGACAUCCUGGAGAUGCUGAGCAGAGCCAAGGAUGAGUACGAGAGGAAUCAGAUGGGCGACUCAAAUAUCUCCAGCCCUGGGUUACAGCCAAGCACUCAGCUCUCCAAUGUGGGAAGCACUGAGACACUAGAAGAGACACCCUCCGGGUCACAAGAUAAGUCUGCUCCCUCUGGACACAAACACCUGACUGUGGAAGAAUUAUUUGGAACUUCUUUGCCAAAGGAACAGCCAGCGGCUGUGGGUCUGGAUUCAGAAGAUAUGGAAAGGCUGCCAGGAGAUGUUUCCCAGAAAGAACCCAGUUCAUUCCUACCAUUUCCCUUUGAGCACUCAGGAGGAGCCCCUCAAUCAGAAAACCUGGGUGUCCUUUCUGCUGCCCAUCACUCUGCCCAACCUGAAGUCACCACUCCGGUGCUAAUCACUCCAGCCUCCAUCACACAAACUAGUGAGAAGCAUGCCCCAAGCUACACAAUCCCUAUGAGCCCUGUGCUCAGUCCCACUCUGCCGGCUGAAGCUCCUACUGCCCAGGUUCCCCCCAGCUUACCUCGAAACAGCACCAUGGUGCAGGCAGUGAAGACCACACCUAGACAGAGGUCUCCACUCCUGAACCAGUCAGUCCCUGAUCUAAGCCACACCAGUCUGAUUGCCAACCAGAGCCCCUUCAGGGCACCACUAAGUAUGACCAACACAGCUGGCACAUCCCUCCCAAGUGUUGAUCUUCUCCAGAAACUCAGGUUGACUCCACAGCAUGACCAAAUACAGACACAGUCACUUGGGAAAGGUGCAAUGGUACCCAGCUUUUCUUCAGCCGCUGGUCAGCUGGCCACACCCGAGAGCUUCAUAGAACCUCCCUCUAAGACGGCAGCAGCAAGAGCAGCAGUCUCAGCCUCCCUGAGCAACGUGGUGCUUGCUCCCCUUCAGUCUAUGCAGCAAAACCAGGAUCCCGAAGUAUUUGUUCAGCCUAAGGUGUUAUCCACUCCUGUCCCGGUUGCGGGCCCCUCACUGAUUACUGCAACCACCACUGCAGUGUCUUCAGUCCUGCUGGCUCCAAGUGUUUUCCAGCAGACAUUUACAAGGUCCACAGACCUUGAGAGGAAAGCCAACUCCCCUUCUCCUCUAACUAUUGGAACACCAGAAAAUCAAAGAAAGCCUUCCAUUAUUCUCAGCAAGUCUCAGCUCCAGGAUACAUUAAUACAUCUAAUAAAGAAUGAUUCCAGCUUUCUGAGUACCCUUCAUGAAGUCUACUUACAGGUUCUAACAAAGAACAAAGACAACCACAACCUAUGACUGGAGCAGAAUAAAUCUGAAGGCAGAAUGUCAACCUCAGACAUAAAUAGGCUUCAUCAUGGAAACUUCUAAACAGAACAUUGAGUUUUCAGAAUCCUGAAAUUGAGCCUAUGAGAAAGAGACUCAUUCCAUAAGAAUGUUUUCCAAGUAACAUUCUCAGUGAUAAUGGAGGUUUCACUGUGAAGCAUCACCAGCAGACCUUUGUUUUGACAAAAAGAAAAAAAAAAAUCAUUGUGUUGAAUUAUGUGGGUGUUUUCAUCAGCUAUAAGCAAGUAUGUGAAAUAAGGAGUCUUUCAGCUUGUUUUCACUUGCAAGGUGGAGUAGUCACCAGCUUUUCUCCAGCCAGAGUUCAGCCUAGCCCACACCUCUACUCCUAACCCUGCACCCUAGAAAUGUGGGCAUUAGGCUGAGAGUUACGUUCUGAACAGAGUAGAAGUCAACUCUGCAAAGUAGCUUUGAGUUUUAAGGAUCAGAGUUUAAGUUGGCAAAUUAGGAAUUAUUUGUUCAAGGGCAGUAUGUUUCUUAUGAAUGCCCCAUUUGGGCCUUUAAAGUUCUGAAAUUUCUUAAUAGCAUUUUAUUUUUUAAGUGUCUCCAGUCCUGCCUUGUAGCAUUAACUUUUGAAUAGGGUGCUGUCAGGCGCCAGUGGUGUGGGAGUAGGCAUGGCACACCUUUGAAGCAAAGGCUGGGGCUGGCAGGCCCAAAUCCUUUCAUGUCUUCUACUCUCCUGUGGUUUUGAAAAUGUUCCUAUGUGAAGCACAGCUUUAUUUUUCUUUUCUGUCUAAACACGGUUAGAAGUCAUUGUUGAUUGUUUUCCUUAACACUUAGAUGAAAGGACCAGUGGACCAAUCUGACAAAGCCAUCCUGGUUCCAUUUCUUGAGUGUACUGAGAAUAGUUUUAAAACUAUGCAGAAAAGGGAGCUGUUAUACACACUGCCCUUACUUUGUUGUAGAAUAUGGAGUUGAAAAGAAAGUAUGAGAUUCAGAACUUUACCAAUAUAUUCCUAGGCUGUGAGUAUUUUUCCAGCCCAAAGUGUGAAAAUAUGUAAAGAUGCUUUGUUAUGCUGCUAUUGAUCUGCCAUGAUUUAUAUUUAUUCUUUUAUGGCAUGUAAUAGUGUUUAGUAAUAUUUUAAUGUAGAUUUUGAUUUAUUUCAGCAAUAGUAAUUUUAAGAUAUUCUUUGAAUGAAAAGUGUCUUUGUUUCUGUAAUACAGGUCAUUUUGUAGUAUUUAACCAAUUAAGAUGCACUGCUUACUUUUCUGAGCACUAUUUAAUGAUGGGGUAAAAACCCAAUUGGCUGAACCAGCUAGCAUAAGGAUUAGCUGUGAAUAAUGCUGGCAGAUGUGAUGGUUCCUUGGGAACAAUCAUUUAAGCUUUAAUGGUAAUUCAAUCAUAGAUUUUUUUUCCUAGCUGAAAUUUUAGAAAAUUACUUGUGAAUUAUAUACUUGUUUUAGUUGGUCUUAGUUUUUUAGUAUAAAGAAUACUUUGAUUGGCUUUUUUAUCAAAACAUGCUUCCUGGAUAAUAUUUCUGCUUCUCCGUUUAGUAUCUUCUAUUGCUGUCUACCUAGUUACAUGUGAAUUGUGCAGAAUUCAGGGAAGCUUAGGACUUGUCAUGCUCAAUUAGAAAUUCUUUGUUUUCAAAGAUAAGGUGUAAAUUCAGCAACCAAAAAUGAAUUGCUUGUGCAUCAUAUGAGAAAUAGAAAGUUAUAGUAAGAAACAGUGUCACUGACACCAGGUGUCCAAGGAGCCAUGUGACUGUUCUCAUAAAAUGGAUGCGCCAGUAGAUUUGAUCCCCCACACACACCAAGUGUAGUCUCAGUGGGCUUUGGUAAAUGGACGAAUCAAGGGAUUUCUGUUGUAAUAGAAAUUUGAAUAUAAAUGAUGCUUUUGAGUAAGUGUAAUAUUAUGAGAGGUUUAAAGAGAAAAUAUCCUAAAGAGGAUCUGUAAUCAAAUGUAUUAAUUUUUACCCUUUAAUGCUAGGAAUGAAUAUGAUAGUAGAGAAAAUCUAUGGUAAGGCUUCUUUAGUGUAAAAGUAAACUUUUUUAAGUGCCCAAGUCAUGGAGACUUGAAAAGAAUAAACCUGUUUCAGCUCCCAAAUUUAUAUAUUCAAAGGAUUUACUUAAAAUUCAGAAGCCAGAAGUUCACAGUCAUGAUUGCCAGGAAGUUCAGGCUAAAAUAAGUCUCUAGAGAAGCCAAGCCAUGCCUGGACAGUUGCAGUUGGAUGACCCUGGCCAGAAAGUCGCAGUUCAGUUGCCUUACUCCUCGUCAGGCUUACUCUCCAGAACCUCGUGCUGGCUUAGGUUGCAUGUUUACAUUGCUGCAGUGUCUUUACUGGAAUCUUUGUUGAAUCAAAACAGACACCAAGAUGGAGAUUCUUCUUGUUAGAUUUGGCAGAACCCCAGGAGACCUGCAUUUCCACCACUCUGUCCAUCCUAGUGCCUACCCCUAACCCCAGGGUCCAAGUGUAGGCUCAAUGGAGCAGCAUAGAGCUUGGGAGAGAGGUGUUUCUAGGGUGUCACUAGUGGGUGGUGCUGCUCUUGUAGCUAAUGUGCUGACUUUGAAUGGACUCUCACACUCCCCAGACAGCCUUGUUCCUUUAAGGCAAAAGCUCCUCUUCCUUGCUUAUCUCUCCUGGGACUUAUGAGGUAUGAAGAGUUGGCCUACUUCACUCUGACUGCUAAGUUUUCAAGUGACUGUCAGUGUCAGGAGAAGCAUUUCAUGCCUCUGCGUGUGGAAUAUCCAUAGCUUACCUUUGAAGGCUUAGAUGUAGCCAUCAAGAGACUGGCAUUUUAUGAAGAACCCAACUAAACCUGGGCCCUUCUCUACAGAGGGAUGUAUAGGCUUAGUUUAGAAUAUGUCUGACCCAAUUUUACAUGUCAAGCAUUUGUUCUUUUUCUGACCUACUUUGUCUUGUAGAAAUUAGAUACCCCAUCAAAUCCACUACUAGGUAAAUAUUUUUAAACCAUGCAGCUUUAUUACUCUCCUCCCCCAAAGAAUGUAGUUUGAAACUUUCUCAUUUUGGUAGUAGAGGCCCUAACUGCCAUUGUAUUACUAAUAAUGCAACAUGAAAUUGAAGGUGCCUAACUGCUUAAAAAACAAAAUUAGCCAUCAUACUAUAGCUGAGAGGAAUGAGAGGUGGCACAGGCACGAGCGGGCUCAGCCAUGUGAGCAAGAACUGAGGACUCCCAGGGGUGCGUGUCCUGCAUCCUUGCUGCAUGUAUGCUGCAGAGCGCGAGUUUGUUUCUUUGUUGCCUACCUUUGGUUUUCUUCAGUUGUGUUCAGUGUACCUUCUGGAACCAGUAGUGCCCUGAGUUUUCAAGUGUCUAUAAUGUUAAGAUCUGAGCAAAGUUAAGCAACUUAUACUAGCCUUUUUAAUGCUAUGCUUGAGAACAUUUCCCUGAGUGGGCCGGGGCCUCAAAGAGCCUGUUUUUUAGCAAAUUCAGCAGAAGAGAUGUGUGCAAUGUUUCACUCAGUUUUGUAUUUGACAUCUUCAUUUAAAAUGCUAAGAUGCAAUAUCAUUCACUUUGAAGUAGGGAAAAUGCAAAAUUGUGUUUCCCUUUUAUCUGUGUGAUUCCUUAAGAAACGUGUUUUUAAAGUGUGUUCUAAAUGGGUUUUUAUCUGUAUUACUGCUUUGGCCAUGUGGCUCUCAUGACUUUCAUUGUAUCAGAUUCUCAGCUCCCUGAAAUGUGGGAAUGAGAAACUCUGGAAUUACAGCAAGGUUUUUGUUCCAUAAGCGCAAUACUGCAUCAUUAACAUUUUUAAUGGUAUGGAUUUUAUACCAUCUGUGUAUGUUUGCAAAUAUUAAGUUAUUACAUGUUUUAAAAUGAGCGUUUUCAUCCUAAAUUUUAUAUGUUUGCAAAUAUAUUUUUUUAAUAAAAUUUCAAAACCAAGUUUUAGCACCUAC